AUGCAGAAUCUGUCAGUAAAGAUGUUUGUCUGCGCGGCGCUACUGCUGGCGUCAGCAUCCUAUGUGCACUCGCAAACAGAUUGUACUCAAGCUCAGUCGUGCGACUUGUGCGUCGGUGACUCCAUGCUAAACUUGACCGGCUGCGUCUGGAGGCUUUGUCCUGAUGGUAACGACACGGGCACGUGCGUAACAGACGAGGGCAAUGUUGCCGACAGUUCCAGGAACUGCAGCUGGACCCGAGUGUCGGAGCUCUGCACAGUGGUGGAGACGGUUGCCGAAGGAGGCAGUGACUCAGGUGAGGGGGGCAAAGCGCGGCCGCAGCUGUCCCCGGCCAGGUUUAACUUGUCGAGCUUCAUCGGCGGCGUGCUCCUGGUGGUGUGCCUGCAGGCUGUCGGCGUGCUCGCCAUGCGCUUCCUUAAGUCUAAUGAGCAGAGCACCUACGACCCCAUGUGA